AACGAGACAUAUCACCAGUCAAGUGACAAGACGCGCCUGUGUCUAUAAUCCAAGGUAGAGCCGACGAACCAUCUGUCAUCUUAUCUUACUGUGGUGUAUUAAGCAUAUUAAGAACGAUCUUUACUUGCUCUGGAGUGUACGCUAAAGGAGGGCCUGCAACCCCACUUCCAGAUGCAACUCCACUAUCAAAUGCAGUGGUAUUACUCCCCAUAUUACUUCCAAAAAUAGCAUUUACCCUAGCUGGAACAAUUCGUCCAAGGGCAUUCGCACCUUUAGCACGUCAGCUUCGCAUAGCUUCGUACCAAUCUGGAUAACCAUGAAGUUUGAAGCACGUACUAUUGUCGUGACCAUCACGCUGGCAAUGAUAGGGUUUGCUUGGCUGCUAGCUAUGAUGCCUUGACAAACUUUUCAGGGUUAUGAUUUUCCUUACCUUGUAUUUCAUCUCAUUCAGUGUUAUAUACAAUGUAAACCAAUGCACAAUAGUCACGGGCCUCCCUAGGUGUUUAAAGAAACUAAUUACAUGUUUAACCCAAAAGCCCAAAUACAUAAUAUAAGCUUUAUUAGAUACAUUCAACAUUUCAACCAGGAGGACUGUAGAUAUAUGCUUGAACCAAAAUACUAUACUUGGCAGGAGCUUCCUGAAUUGGACUUGUUUAUGCCCAAAAAUAUGGAGUUAUGUUGGAAAUCAUUGGGACAGGUUAGAGAGUCACCAAUUUCAGAGAGUAAAAAGGGGGAGAUUAUAAAGACACCAGAAAGAUUUGGGAAAAAAGAUAGUUCAGAGAGGAAGAAUUCAGCUGCUUUGAGGAACCAUUGUGAGGCUGAGAAGCGAAGAAGAGAGAGAAUCAAUGGUCACUUUUCUACCCUCCGUGAUUUCCUGCCUUGCACUGAUAAGAUGGACAAAGCAACACUGUUAGCUAAAGUAAUUACCCAAGUGAGGGUGCUAAAGAAGCAAGCGAUAGAGGCUUCCAAGGGGUUGCUCGUACCAACAGAUGCUGAUGAAGUUACAGUUGAGCCAUACAAUGACGAUGACAUAGCAGAUGACUCUUUGGCAUUCAGGGUUUCAAUUUGUUGUCAUUACAGGCCCGAAGUCAUCCCAGAUAUAAGGCAAACCAUCAAUGACCUUAAACUCAACAUAAACAAGGCAGAUAUUUCCACCUUGGAGGGCAGGGUGAAGAAUGUUCUUAUUGUUACUGGAUAUAAAGAGGACAUUGGUGGUGAUGACAAAAUAGAGCGAUUCUCAAAGUGUAUACAUGGAGCACUGUGUUCUGUACUCGACAAGAUUUCUGCAUCAGAAGAGAGCUUGGCAACCACAAUGUUCCCAAACAAGAGACGAAAGGUUUCCUGCUUUGAAUCCUCGACCUCAACCCCAUCCUUGUGAUUUACUAUAUGCAAAAGUGAUGCAGUAAUGUUUAUGCCCUAAUACCCUUGACAUAUACGGCCAAUGCCGCCCUAAUACCAUCAUAUUGAAAUAUAAUUGUAGAACAUGUAGGAUUCGUGGAAGGCAUGAAAUACGUGGAUGAAGUCUGCUCCGUUACCAUCAAAAAGUAGGGCAAAAUGUGCUUAUUAGUUUGAAUAUGUAACUAUAUAGAGAACUCAAAUAUGAUAAGGAAACAAAUAGCAGAUUUUCUGAAUUCUGUAAUUUACUGGCGGCAGGUUCAUGUGAAACAAGAGGGCUUAAGAUAAAAAGAGAAUAAAUUGAUGUC